GGGUGAGGAAGGAUCCCAUUAUUCCACUGUAAAACAUAUCGACAACUUGUCCACAAGAUGUCACUGUUUAGCCGCAGGUGGCCUCCAAAUAAUUUGGAAGGUUAGUUAUUUGGUAGCCUGGUUAAAACCAGACCAAGCUAAUCGUAGAUUGCACGUUGUUCUGGGGAAGCUGCUGUCAUUUUCUUCAGAGGCGCUAUCAACGGCCUUCUUCAGCUGACUACGCGAUUGGCUGCUUGCCGUCGCUUCCCUGUCAUUGUGUUCGACCAGCAAAUAGCGCGCCAAGGGGAAAAGCCAGCUCGGUGAUCGGCGCAAAAACGAAUCUGAAGCAGAAAGAAAUGUGUUGCUCUUCUACAGACCCUUGUGCAGGGCGAACUCAAUUCGCCGGAAGAAAUGGCUGGGCUACCCAGGCUAGUUAUUUGUUAGGCUCUUCUGGUCAAGAGACCUUGGAGCAAGUGCAUUAUCAAUAAAGACAUGCCCUUAAAAGUGACAUUAAUGGUAAAUAAAAGCGCAUCUGAAAACCAACUGUUAAGUGCUACAAUAUAGAAAGGAUAUCGGAGUCUUGAUGGUAAUAAAUUGCAUAUUUAGUGUUAAAUUAUGACAAAUGUGAAACUCACUAUGAAUCUUCAAUGCUGGAGUCACUUACAAGGCCUGUAGAGGAAGUACUAGAAAGCUGCAACUUUAUGCUUGCGUAUUUGUAUAAGUAAGUUUUCGUAUUGGGAGGAUGCAUUAUGGAUUCAAAGUUAUUAUUCCAUAUAACUGCGCUUCUCAUAACCGCCCGCUAGAGGGAAGAAGGAAUAUUCAAAUUCUCCACAAAUAAAUAAUUUAGUAUUCUGUUCGAAUGUUAAACUGCAUCAAAUCCGUUUACUUUAGGAUUGGCAAAAAAUAUCCAUGAACAUUGGUUCUCCGACCCUCGUCACUGGUCCUACCCCAGCCUAUGUUGCGCCUUCCCUCUGGCUGCGGUGUCUGAGCUCCGGACCCUGCUCCGCCAGAGCGACUUUAGUUCGUCCAGCUGGCAGGUGCUUGGGAUCUUUAACCGAGGACAUGGACGUGCACUGAUUUCUGUUUCUUUAUCAAAAACCGCGUUUGGAAUACAUUUUACGCUCCUACUAACCGCUUCUACAUGCAUUUACUUUGCAUUGGACUAUGUUUUAUCCCCAAAAAACAAGGUUUUUCUUUCCUUUGUUUGCAUUGAGACUGUAUAGAGGGAUCAUGGGAGGCUGACUGAACUGCCCGUGUGGUAAAGCCAAUCUCAUUUAUUUAAGAAACUUUUUGGGAGACGAAAAUGUCUUCGGCCCGGGUGGAUUACAUUGCACCUUGGUGGACUUAUUGGCUGCACAAUUUCCCACACAUAAACCUGAGAUUGCAGCCAAUAGACAACAGCUUUAAGCCCGAGGACGAGAGCUACCAGCAGUCGCUGAUCUUCCUGGGCUGCGUGGCGGCGGCCGGCCUGGGCCUCAACCUGCUCUUCCUGGCCAUCUACCUGAGCUGCCUGUGCUGCGCCCGCAGGGACGACGAGGACCCCGGCGACACCAAGAAGAAGGGCUCCUGCUGCGUCACGUGGUCCGCCGUCAGCGCCGGCCUCAUCAGCUGCAUGGCGGUAGGUGUGGGUUUCUAUGGCAACAGUGAGACUAACGACGGAGUGUACCAGCUGACUUACUCCAUGUACAACGCCAACCACACCCUGGGAGGGGUCGAUAGUCUGGUGUCGACCACCAUGGGCAGCAUGCAGCGGGGGCUGCAGCAGCACCUGGCCCGGCUGGACGAGAUCUUCGCCACGCGCGGCGACUACGUUCAGACGCUGCAGUUCAUGCAGCAGAUGGCGGACAGCGUGAUCAAACAGCUGCUGGGCCUGCCGGACUGGAUGGAGGCGGAGGUGGACCUGGCCUCGGUGGCGGACAAGACCGCCGACAUAGAGUACUACAGGUGGUUGACCUACCUGCUGGUCCUGAUCCUCAACCUGGUGAUCUGUCUGCUGUCCUGUCUGGGUCUGGCCAAGCAGUCCCGCUGGCUCCUUACUACGAUGAUGGUGUGUGGCGUGCUGACCCUGAUCCUAAGCUGGGCAUCCCUCGGCGCAGAUCUGGCCACCGCUGUGGGAACCAGUGACUUCUGCGUGGCCCCUGACCGCUACCUACUGAGCCAGACCAAGGGGAUCAGUGCCGAAAUCCUGCACUAUUAUGUGUACUGCAACCAGACUCUUUCCAACCCCUUCCAGAAGUCUCUGACGGUGUUUCAGAGAUCUCUGACCACCAUGCAGAUCCAGAUCCAGGGCCUGCUGCAGUUUGCUGUUCCCCUCUUCCCCUCUGCAGAGGGCGACCUCCAGGGCAUCCAGAACCUGCUCAACUCCUCGGAGGCUAGCCUGCACCAGCUGACCGCCCUGCUGGACUGCAGGGGGCUCAACAAGGACUACCUGGAUGCGCUGGUGGGCGUGUGCUACGACGGCGUGGAGGGCCUCCUGUACCUGUCUCUCUUCUCCAUGAUGGCCGCCUGCUCCUUCUGCAUCAUGCUGUGUGCCAUUCCGCGGGCCUGGAGACAGAUCGCCGCCAGGGAGCGGGACUACGACGACAUGGACGACGAGGACCCCUUCAACCCACGGGCCCGCCGGGCCGGCCACGCCCCCCACCCCGCCCACCCCAACAUGCACAGCUUCUGCAGCUACAGCAGCAGCAUGGGCAGCCAGAGCAGCCUGCACCCCCCCGCCCUGCCCACCGCCCUCUCCAACGCCCCUGUCGCCCCCGACUACAUGAACCAGGUAGCUCUGUUUGGGGGGAACCCGCGCUACGAGAACGUGCCUCUGAUUGGUCGAGGCUCACCGCCCCCCUCGUACUCCCCCAGCAUGAGGGCUACCUAUCUCUCCAUGACCGAGGAACAGAGUAGACACUUUGGGAAUGACUUCCGGGCAUAGACUGUGCGUCCUCCUCCUCCUCCUCCUGCUCCUCCUCCUCCACCAAUUUCCCAGUGCCUCCUCCUGCCUGCCUGCUUCGUGCCCCCUCCCCAACACAGAGACUCCUCAGCAUGGGACCCCCCCAAAGCAGACAACGUUGUGUCCCCCU